AUGCAGAAAUCUCUCCUAAAAAUAAAAACCUUUUUAAAAUUAAUUUCCCUAAUUAAAAACUCUUUUCCAAAAGAGCAUCCAAAAACUCGUCUUUUAUUUGCCCAUGGAGGUUAUAGCAGUUUUCUUGAAGCCGCAAAGACAGGAAUUCCUAUUUUGCUUGUCCCUCUCUUCGCCGAUCAAGGCAUUAAUGCAAAACGGGCACAACGGUUUGGGAUUUGUGAAAUUCUUGACAAAAAAACUUUAAAUGAUAAAAUUGUUGAAGAAUUACUUCGAAAAAUGCUUAAUGAUGAUCGUUAUUAUAGAAAUGCACGCAAACUUUCGGUAUUUUAA